GGUACCGCCCCCCCCCCCCGCCGCGCAGCGGCCGCUCUGUAACACGUCCCCAGGAGACUCGCAGGAGCAACACGUGAUGUGUCUACUUAUCAGGCCCACCGGUCCCCACCGCAUCAUGCCUGGGAGCCAAGCGCCCCGCCGGGCCAUUUUAUAUUCACUGCCACACGCCUGGCACCUGGUGCUCUGUCAGUACUGGACAAAGGAAUGGAUGAGGCGAGGGUCAUUUUACCUGUGUGGCAGGUGGAAUUCAUUAACUCCAGGAAUGACUACAGUCACCAGUCACAGAGGAGCUGAAGGCCAUUGUGUGACAAGUUAGGAAGAGGUUUCUGCUCCCACCUGCUCGGCCACUGGCAGCCAUGCAGCCCUCAACAACGUCUCCGUGUCCUCAUUUCGAAAGAGAACUAGAUUGAAUUCAUUAGAUGAGAAGCAUUUCAGCAUACCUCUGACAUAGGUUACUGCCACUCUGUGCUCCAGAAGUGGUGGCUUUGAGGUGUGACUCUGCCUCCCUUUGGGCCUAGUCAGGGUCGGCUCCUCGGUAAAGGAGGGCAGCGUGAUAAGGAAAACAGUGACGAGUGACACCACAAGAAGGAAGAAGCCAACACAGAAUCAUCCCUGCCACGCAUGGAUGAUAAUAGUAGCCGGGGGAAGUUUUGAAGUUUGUCACUGCGGGCAGAAAAUGGAGAUCUACGGCAGAGGCUUCCUAGAGGUGUAAACCCCUGUCCCAAUGACGUCAAGUUCUCCCAUUGGCUUGGAAGGCUCAGACCUGUCUUCCAUCAACACCAUGAUGUCAGCAGUAAUGAAUGCAGGGAAUGUGGCAGAGAAUGGCGGGAGCCCUCAGGGGAUUAAGUCCUCUUCAAAGCCUCCAGGACCAAAUCGGAUUGGCAGAAGGAACCAGGAAACGAAAGAGGAGAAGUCUUCCUACAACUGCCCGCUGUGUGAAAAGAUUUGCACUACCCAGCACCAGUUGACUAUGCACAUCCGUCAGCACAACACGGACACUGGAGGAGCCGACCACUCGUGCAGCAUCUGCGGGAAGUCGCUGAGCUCGGCCAGCUCCCUGGACCGCCACAUGCUGGUGCACUCUGGAGAGAGGCCUUACAAGUGCACUGUCUGUGGCCAGUCCUUCACCACCAACGGGAACAUGCACAGACAUAUGAAGAUUCACGAGAAGGAUCCCAGCAGUGCUACAACUGCAGCCCCUCCAUCCCCUCUGAAGCGCAGGCGGCUGUCCUCCAAGAGGAAACUGAGUCACGAUGCUGAGUCAGAGAGAGAAGACCCAGCACCUGCUAAAAAGAUGGUGGACGAUGGACAGUCAGGUGACGUGGAGAAGACAUGUGAUGAAGUCUUUCACUGCCCAGUGUGUUUCAAGGAGUUUGUUUGCAAGUACGGACUGGAGAGUCACAUAGAGACCCAUUCAGACAACCCACUAAGAUGUGACAUUUGCUGUGUCACCUUUCGAACACAUCGAGGACUGCUGCGUCACAACGCCCUUGUCCACAAACAGCUUCCCAGGGAUGCGAUGGGAAGACCUUUCAUCCAGAACAACCCUUCAAUUCCCGCUGGCUUCCAUGACUUAGGCUUCAUGGACUUCUCCUGUAGGAGGUUUCCUCGCAUUUCUCAGGCCUGGUGUGAAACAAACCUGCGAAGGUGCAUCAGCGAGCAGCACCGCUUCGUCUGCGACAGCUGUGACAAGGCAUUCCCCAUGCUCUCCUCGCUCGCCCUGCACAAGCAGACUCAUGUCACCACGGACCCGGGCCGGGAAGAGCCUCAGGCUGACGUGCUGGCCAGUGAUGCCCUGGACCAGAAGGUCUUCCUGGCCUUGCUGGGCCUGCAGCACACCAAAGACGUCAGGCCCGCACCCACCGAGGAGCCCCUGCCGGACGACAACCAAGCAAUACAGCUGCACACACUCAAGUGCCCACUACCUCAGGACCCCGGCUGCACCAGCGUGCUGAGUCUGUCUCCCUUCGAAGCUACCUCCCUGGGAGGCUCUCUCACGCUGCUCCCGGCCACCAAGGAGGGCAUGAAGCAUCUCUCCCUGCAGCCCUUCCAGAAGGGCUUCAUCAUCCAGCCGGACAGCAGCAUCGUGGUCAAGCCCAUCUCCGGGGAGUCGGCCAUCGAGCUGGCGGACAUCCAGCAGAUCCUGAGGAUGGCGGCCUCCGCCCCGCCUCAGAUCAGUCUUCCGCCCCUCUCCAAGGCCCCGGCCACGCCGCUGCAGGCCAUCUUCAAGCACAUGCCCCCUCUGAAGCCAAAGCCCCUGGUCACGCCCCGCACGGUGGUGGCCACCUCUACGCCCCCACCCCUCAUCAGUGCGCAGCAGGCCUCCCCGGGCUGCACCAGUCCCAGCCUGCCCCCACGGCCGCCGAAGGGCUCGGUGGAGGUGGCCGCCACCGCCCACCUGCUGCAGUCCAAGUCGGGGGCUCAGCCUAACUCAGCCCUGCAGCUCCCCCUGCAGCCGCCACGCGCAGAGCUGCCAGGCUCACCCGCGAUGAAGACACAGCUCGAGCAGGACAGCAUCAUCGAAGCCCUGCUGCCGCUGAGCAUGGAGGCCAAGAUCAAGCAGGAGAUCGCGGAGGGCGACCUCAAGGCCAUCAUGACGGGGCCCGGCGGCAAGAAGGCGCCCACUGUCCGCAAGGUGCUCUACCCCUGCCGCUUCUGCAACCAGGUGUUCGCCUUCUCGGGGGUGCUGCGUGCGCACGUGCGCUCCCACCUGGGCAUCUCCCCCUACCAGUGCAACAUCUGUGACUACAUCGCGGCCGACAAGGCGGCGCUCAUCCGCCACCUGCGCACGCACAGCGGUGAGCGGCCCUACAUCUGCAAGAUCUGCCACUACCCCUUCACCGUCAAGGCCAACUGCGAGCGCCACCUGCGCAAGAAGCACCUCAAGGCCACGCGCAAGGACAUUGAGAAGAACAUCGAGUACGUGAGCAGCAGCGCGGCCGAGCUGGUGGAUGCCUUCUGCGCGCCCGACACCGUGUGCCGGCUGUGCGGGGAGGACCUGAAGCACUACCGCGCCCUGCGCAUCCACAUGCGCACGCACUGCGGCCGCGGCCUGGGCGGCUGCCACAAGGCCCGCAAGCCCUUCGAGUGCAAGGAGUGCAGUGCGGCCUUCACUGCCAAGCGCAACUGCAUCCACCACAUCCUCAAGCAGCACCUGCACGUGCCCGAGCAGGACAUUGAGAGCCACGUGCUGGCCACGGGCAGCGGCCCUGGCAGCGCGGAAGCCUCAGGGAGGGGCCCGGAAGCCGGCUGCAAGCCCCUCGCUGCCUUCCUGGAGCCCCAAAAUGGCUUUCUUCAUGGGGGCUCCCCUCAGCCGCCCCCGCCCCACGUAGCUGUCAAGGUGGAGCCGGCCAGCAGCUUUGCAGUGGACUUCAACGAGCCGCUGGACUUCUCUCAGAAGGGCCUGGCGCUGGUGCAAGUGAAGCAGGAAAACGUGCCCUUCCUGAGCCCUUCUUCCCUGGCCCCCUACGACUGCUCCAUGGAGCCCAUCGACCUGUCCAUCCCGAAGAACUGCAGGAAAGGAGACAAGGAUGCAGCUGUCCCUGGCGAAGCCCAGAAGCCAGAGCAGGAAGGGGGAAGCGCUGAGCAGCCGGCUUCCUGUCCACCGCCCUGCUCGAUCCUGCCCCCGACUUUGGGGCCCGCCGGGACCCUAGAGGGCCCUGCAGCCGCUGUGGUGACGGCCGCGCCCCUGGACCCCCACGCUCAGCCCCUCCAGGGCUCCGUGCAGCUGGCCGUGCCCAUCUACUCGUCGGCGCUCGUCGGCAGCCCUCCCGUCCUGAGCAGCCCAGCGCUGCUGCGGCCCCUGCGGCCUAAGCCCCCCCUGCUCUUACCAAAGCCCUCUGUGACGGAAGAGCUGCCCCCACUGGCCUCCAUCGCCCAGAUCAUCUCAUCCGUGUCCUCGGCCCCCACCCUGCUCAAGACCACCAAGGUGGCCGACCCAGGCCUGAGGAGCGGCAGCGGCGGCAGCGCGGCAGCCGUGGGCGGCUCAGGCGGUGCCGUCCCCAGAGCUGCAGCCACACCCGCGGACCCCGGGAGCCCGAAGGAGUGUGGCGACCCGCCUGCUGUGGCCAGCAGCCCAGAGGCGGCCUCCCCGACUGAGCAGGGCCCGGCCAGCUCCUCCAAGAAGAGGGGCCGCAAGAAGGGCGCGAAGAGCCAGCCCGGUGCCAACCACGGUGGGGUGGACCUGGACUCCAGCGGGGAGUUUGCCAGCAUUGAGAAGAUGCUGGCCACCACGGACAGCAACAAGUUCAGCCCGUUCCUGCAGACCACGGAGGACCAUGCUCAGGAGGAGGCGGCCGGGGGCCCCACCGACCUCCAUGGGCCCAGCGAUGAGGAGCAGGGCGGGCCCCCCGAGGACAGGCUGCUGAGAGCGAAGCGGAACUCCUACGCCAACUGCCUGCAGAAGAUCAACUGUCCCCACUGUUCCUGGGUCUUCCCUUGGGCCAGCUCCCUGCAGAGGCACAUGCUCACACACACCGGUCAGAAACCUUUCCCUUGUCAAAAAUGCGAUGCCUUCUUUUCUACCAAAUCUAACUGUGAACGCCACCAGUUGCGCAAACACGGAGUUACCGCCUGCUCCCUGAGAAGAAACGGGCUUAUCCCCCCCAGAGAGAGUGAUGUUGGAUCCCAUGAUAGCACAGCCGUGUCUGGAAGGGUAGCAAUAUGCGCUGUACUCGCUUCGCUCGGCAUUCCAGUUGUGUGGGAGGAAAACGCACUGGGCCCGCGCUGUCUGCAGAGGGGCGGAUGGAGCCGCUGUGGACGCAGAGCUUCAUCAGGACUUGGUCUGAGCUUCACCUCAGCCCCAAGAGCUAGCCUGUGGAUGUGUUUGCUUUACAGCCAGUCCGACACCGAGAUGUUGGCGGCCACCAGCGAGGUGCUGGAUCUCACGGCCCGGGACCGCGAGCCGCCGCCAGCAGAGGGCGCUGCGGAGCCCAGCCAGGCCCGGGAGGAGCCCGCAGAGGAGGAGGAAGAGGAGGAGGAGGAAGAGGAGGAGGAAGAGGAGGAGGAAGAGGAGGCCGAGGGGGCUGAGGCGGCCUCCCCCAGGCCUGGGGAGAAGGUGUCCGAGGAGAAGCUGGAGCCAGAGGAAGAGCGCGGCGCGGAGGACAGCACCGGGGGCGGGGACGCAGACGCGGAAAGCCCGGAGGAAGACUCGGCCAGCAGCAAGAGCCUGGACCUGGACUUGGCCAGCAAGCUGAUGGACUUCAAGCUGGCCGAGGGCCAGGCGGGUGCCGGGGACGGCCCGGGCCCAGCCCCACAGGACCAGAAGCACGCCUGCGACACCUGCGGGAAGAGCUUCAAGUUCCGGGGCACCCUGAGCCGCCACCGGAAGGCGCACAGCCACCAGGAGCCCAGGGAUGGGAAGGAGGCGCCGCCGCCGCCGCCGGAGGACGACGGCCCCCCGCCCGGCCCCGAGUCCGAGGAGAGGCCCGCGGAGCCCCCGCCGGAGGACCGGGCCAUGGGCGCCGCUGAGGGCUCGGUGGAGAAGCAGAGUGAGGAGACGGAGGGCCCCUCGGACGGAGAGGGCGCGGCGGAGAGGAAGUCCUCGGAGAAGAGCGACGACGACAAGAAACCAAAGACAGACUGCCCGAAAGGCGCGGCCAGCAAGGCCGACAAGAGGAAGAAGGUGUGCAGCGUGUGCAACAAGCGCUUCUGGUCCCUGCAGGACCUCACCCGGCACAUGCGGUCCCACACAGGGGAAAGACCGUACAAGUGCCAGACCUGCGAGCGGACCUUCACCCUGAAGCACAGCCUGGUGCGGCACCAGCGGAUCCACCAGAAAGUCCGGCACGGGAAACACCCCGGGAAGGACAGCGACAAGGACGAGCGGGCGGAGGAGGACAGCGAGGGCGAGUCCACCCCCAGCGGCGGCAACAACGGCGCUUCCGAGAGCGAGGCCGAGGCGGCUCCCGGCACCAGCGGCCGCGCAGCCGUCACCCGGAGCAGGAAGGACAAGGAGCAGGCGCGGGAGCAGGUGCAGGAGCAGGCGCAGGGCUCCCCGCGGGACCCCGGCCGGGACAGCCCCGCCGCCCUUGUGCAGGACCUGCUGGAGCUGUGCGGCAAGCGGCCGCCGCACCCCAUCCUGGCCGCCGAGGGUGCCUCACAGCUCCUGGGGCUGCAGUGAGGCCACCAGCAGGGUGCGCCCGGUGCCCCUCGGUGUCCGAGGGCCAGGAGAGGCAGCGCGCGGCCGCAGCUGUGCCCAAGCCUUCCCGCGGGCAGCCCGGCCGUGCCAGUGCCUUAACUACUCCGGUCUCGGUCUCCGUCACCUCGGGUGUGGGCUUCUCCCAGAGCGACCUUCGCCUUCGCCUGCCUUCGCAGAGCUUGUUGUAAUGAAUUGUUCCGGGAGCUCCCCGCCUGAGCAUUAGCGUUGUCUUUUGUACUGGUGUGUGUACAGUUGUCUUUGUGAAUCUGUGAUCGUACUGUUUGUUCUGCGAGCUGGAAACAGCAGAAGAAAACACGCCGUUGAAUACCCAGAGCCAAUAACUGGAAGAAAACGAGGUGAAUUUCAUGUCAUUGCCCGGAGUGGAAGUGGAUGCCAUGCUGACUUGUCACGCGGACAUUUCUCUUGUUCCCUGAGUGACAGAGGAGCUGUGACCUGGUCCUUGGUGUCACCGGAUGUGGCCGAUGAAGGUUGCAAUGUUAUUCCAGCCAAAACCAGGAAAGAUUUGUAGCUUCGCCUUCAUACGCAUUUCCAUUCUUCCUGCGUUGGAAGUGGUCACUGUACAAGUUUCAAGCCCUCCAUUCUUGAUUUACAGAGAAGAGUCACCUCCCGCCUCCUAACCUAUGGAAGAUACGCUUGGAUGUUAUACAGUUCAUCCCCUCCCCAUUCCCCAUUCAGUAUAUGUUAUUAUUAAUAUUAUUAUUAUUAUUAUUAUUAUUUUUAGUUCAUCCGUUUGCUGGGCUCUGCAGUCAGCAGAAACAAGUGGGCAAUAUUUGUCCUGGGGGACCUGUGCCACCCCACCCCCCCGUCCCCCCAUCCCUGCGCGCUGUGUGCCUGAUGCUCUCGCCAGCGCACUGCAGUGACUGCUCUUCUACUGUACCUAGACAAGCCCUCCUUCCGUGACUGCAGGAUCCAGCGGGCCGGGUCCUCGGGGCUGGGAGACGCCCCGCCAACCCCAUCCUGGCCCCGCCCCAGCUGUGCUACUGUCCUUUGAAAAGCAACAAGAUACUACUACUGGUAAUAAAACUACGAGCAAGGUGGAGGACAGGUUUGUGUCCCCUUCCUGCGACGUGGGGCAGUGCCAGAAGAUGACACGCUGUCUUCGGUCCUCACGGGAAAGGCGGGAUGGCUCCCUCCACUGAGCACCCCACGCGGGCAUGGAUGGCGGCCAGGCCGUGCUGACCUGUGCCCGGCGCCCCUUGGCCCUCACCGCCUUGCCCCGGCGCAGCCCUUCCACCUCUCCAGUGCAACCACUGGAGCGCGCCCACCCCACGCGGCCUCACAGGAAGCUGGCCUGGAGACUGUGGAAAGAGCCUCUCUGCAGAUGAAAAAGGCCGAGGUACAUACGAUGUUUGACUGUAUCCGGGCUGUGCGAACCAGUUUAAAAGUGAGGUUUUCUUUACUGUAGAGGGGAGUGCACAUCAGAACCAAUGAUCCCGUGGUGUCUUCUAAGUUAAAACCAGUUCGUGCAUCCCUUAGUUAUUUUUUAUUAUUAUUACAAUUGUUGUUGUUAUUUUCAUUGUUAUCAUUAUUUGGGGUUUCUUGUGUUGUUUUUCUUCGCAACUCUCCACACUAAACUCGCAAUCUUGUGGGGAGAAGCCAGGACUAAACUCUCCGCUGCAGUGAGAUGUAGCAGGGCUCGGCCCUGGCGACCGCGUGCCAGGGCUGCCGCACAGUGAUCACUAUUGACUUAAAGCUUUAUUUACCUGGAUCUCUACCCUCCUAGUCAAUAAGGUCUUGCCACGUUUUAUUAGUGAGGUUGAGAAAUGUAUUAUUUGUUUGUUGUUCCACCCCUCCCCCAAUAUUAAACUGUGAAAUUUGUGAUUGGUUUAAACGCUGGGUGAAUCAUAGCUUAGUUUGCAUGUCCAGCUAAUUUGUUCCUAUACAUUUUGUUUGAUUCUCUUUCUCCUUCUCUCAGGGCUUUUACAAAAAAAUAUAUAUAUAUGGAUCUUCUGAAAAGUUUUUUGAGGUGCAAGUUGUUUUCUCUUUUGUUUUUUCCUCUUUGAUUAAUGGACACAAUGCUGAGAUUCAAUCACUACAUGAAACACCUGGCUGUGAGAACAGAACAAACACCCAGGAGCUGUUUCCAAACAGCCCCGCAGCCCCGAGACAGUCGGAGGCGGCCUCAGAUUCAUCUUCAUCGUCUCUCUCCUCUCUCCCUCCAAGAAGGAAGUUGAUCCUAGUGAUUUCAGCCCAUGCAUUAAACAGGAAGCAAUAAUAAAUAUGUAGAAUUCAUAUUUUUCUAAAGGGAACUUAAAAACUGCUGCUACAUGUUAUGUACAAAAUUGGUUUAUGCCACAUGAACAGAGAAUCACAAGGUUGGUUUUGGUACUUUUUGUUCCUCUUUGUACUCAGUUGUAUAGAACUUCCAAAUCCAGAAUGAAAAGAAAGCUGUUCUGUAUCGAACCAUCUAAGCAAUAAAUGUUAUAUUUUAAAAACGGCAGAUUGCCGGUCA